AUUUAUUUUCCCGAAAUGUUUUAGUUGGUUUUUAGAGUUUCUUCAAGUUUGAAUUUCUGAUUUAGCAUUCAGCAUGGUAGAACAGGCAAAGCGAAUAAUUUUAGUCCUCUCAGGAAAAGGAGGUGUUGGGAAAUCGACAGUCAGUACGCAAUUGGCUCUUACUCUGAAAGAAAAAGGCUACAAGGUUGGUUUACUUGACGUCGAUUUAUGUGGACCAAGCGUGCCAUAUCUUUUAAAUUUAGAGGGUAAAAAUAUUCACCAAGGUGAUGAAGGAUGGAUCCCAGUGUAUUUGGACAAGGAGCAGAAGUUAGGCGUUAUGUCUAUUGGCUUCCUGUUGAAUUCAAGGAAUGAUGCAGUAGUCUGGCGAGGGCCAAAGAAAACCUCCAUGAUCAAGCAAUUUCUAGAAGAUGUUUGCUGGCAAGACAUAGAUUACCUCAUUAUUGAUACACCCCCUGGAACUUCAGACGAACAUAUUACCAUUAUGGAGAACCUACGUAAAUUCCCUCAGUGUGCCGCUAUGAUUGUCACUACACCGCAGGAGGUGGCCAUUGAGGAUGUCCGCAAAGAGGUCACCUUCUGCAGAAGAACUGGCAUUCCUAUACUCGGCAUUUUUGAGAAUAUGUGUGGAUAUGUAUGCCCCACGUGCAGUGAAUGCACAAACAUAUUCUCAAGUGGAGGAGGCAGGUCCCUGGCUGAAAUUUUCAAGAUACAAUUUCUGGGCAGUGUCCCGAUCGACCCCCGUAUAGGCAUACUGGCCGGGAAAGGGGUAGCGGCUAUAAAGGAAUUACCGGAAUCGAGGACUAGCAAAGUUUUUAAUGAUUUAGUAUCGUUAUUGGCUAAUAGUACUGGGAAUGAGGAUUCGUAGUUGUAAGUUAAAAAAGAUGUUCCAAAGCAUUUCUACUAUCCAUAAAUAAAUAAAAAUGAGAAAGUCUAUCCGUUGCGCGCUUGUAACUUAAUUUUUAAAUUGUUCGCUGAUUUUGAUGAUAUUUAAUUAUCAGAGGUCAGAAAUAGGCUAACUUUUUUAAAUUCCCAUGAGCGCGCCCGAAAACCUCGCGCAAAAGUUAAUUAUUUAAUAACAUUAGGGCAUGAGGCUCUUCCAAAGUGAUUGUUGAUACUUUAGGUCAUUAGUCAAAAAAGCUACCCAAUCAAAACAAAAGAUCACCUGGUUGAUUCCGGGCCAGGAUAUCUCGGUCUGUGUAAUUUGUGACAUAUACAUAUAUGUAUUACAUUAUUUAUGGUUCAUACUGUAUCUUUACAAAGUCUGUGGUUUUUACUAUCCCAGACCCUUAGAAAGCUGUAUUAGAAUCCUUUUUUGAGAAAUAAGUAUUAUAGUAAAACAAGAACAAGAGACCCAUGAGACAUUGUUUGUACAAUACCACUGAUGAGGACAACUAGUCCUGAUUUAUAAUUUUUGACGAAAUAAAACUCUGGACUUGAUACAAACUACCACACUUACGGGCAUCUAUAACUACAAGCAUAAAAAAUUAAGCCAUAGCAAUAUUGUCUUGCUGUAAAUUGAAUUUGAAUUUGAAUAAAUAAAUUUAUUUAUUAUUUAUUUAUAAUGCAGCAUAUGGUAUUAUCGCAUAAUGAUUUUAAGCGUAACAUUCUUUCGCACAACUAUUUGAAACAUAAUUAACCCAACCUUACAAAGCCUUAAAGUUAAUUAUGCCAUUUACCCAUAUGCCAAAAAUUAAUUAUGCCUUGAGAUCUGUUAUUGCCAACAAUAGGACAAAUAAUUUAUGCAAUAAAAAGUGGCCCCAACACUUACACACGUCGCUGGAGAAGCCUUAAACCUUUAUGACCUUAAGUGUUUUAAAAUGUAUAGAUCAUGAGGUUUCUUAUGUUAUGUUUUUAUAUGAAGAAAAUAAAUGAAAAAAUAUUUUAUCGCAUGUAUGACAUUCCUAUUCCUAUAUUUCAUUGUUGGGUAAAAAAAAUUGAUUUUGGUACGAGAAUUGUGUAAA